AUGGCAACCCAAGAAGCAGCUUUCAAGUACUCAAACCGGGUUCUCCUGAAGACCCUUUUCGAAAGACGCGACGAACUCAUCGGCCAGAGAGUCAUCGUUGGCGGCUGGGUCAAGUCUUCCAAGGAGGUUCAGAAACCGUUAACACCGCCGACUACGCCGCCGUUAGUGGAUGACACUGACGACGACAAGAAGACCAAAGACGUGUCAUGUGUUGAAAUUCUUCAGUCUCGGAUACCCUUCAUUCGUAACAUCUUUGAUGUUUUUGGUGGAAGUGGUUAUAAUACAUCUCGCAAGAAACGAGACUCUGUGCCUCCAAAACCUGUCCCUCCCAAGCCUACUAUUGCGUAUCUUCAACUCACGGAUGGUUCUUGCGUUGCCAGCCUUCAGGUUGUGGUUGAUUCCUCAGUAGCUAUACCCAGCAAUCUUCUGCCUACUGGAACCAGCUUAUUAGUGGAAGGUCAACUAGAACAACUAUCACCACAAGGGAAGCAUGUUAUUAAACUUACUGCUGAAAAAGUUCUUCACAUUGGGAAAGUAGAUUCUGACAAGUAUCCAUUAUCAAAGAAACUAGUCCCACUGGAAAUGUUAAGAGAUUACUCCCAAUUUCGGCAUCGAACAACUACUGUGGCAACUGUCAUGCGAAUUCGUAGUGCUAUGUCUUUUGCAACCCAUUCAUUUUUCAACAAUCAUGGAUUUUUUGAAGUGCAAGUACCCAUUAUAACUACCACAGACUGCGAAGGAUUUAGCAACAUGUUCCAGGUUACUACCCUGGAUCAGAAAGCAGAAAAGAAGAAGCUAAAUACCAUUCAUGAGACUGAAGGUGUUAACCUUGAACUUGUGAAAGCAGCUGCAAAAGAGAAAAGCAACCAAAUUGAGAAUUUGAAAAGAACUGAAAGCAAUAGGGAAGCUCUGGCUGCAGCAAUUCAGGAUCUGCGAAAAACAAAUGAGCUUGCAUCACAAAUGGAAGCAAAAGAAAAGAAAAAAUUAGGAACUUUAUUCAAGGAAGAUAAAGAAGACUCUUCAAAAUAUUUUUUCUCUUGCCAAACUUAUUUGACUGUGUCUGGUCGUUUACAUCUGGGGAGUUAUGCAUGUGCACUUGGAAAUGUAUACUCAUUUGGACCUAGAUUUCAAGCAGAUAAAACAGAUUCUGCUAAACAUGCUGCAGAAAUGUGGAUGGUUGAGGUUGAAAUGGCUUUUGCUCAAUUGAAGGAUUCCAUGAAUUGCGCUAAUGACUUUUUCAAGUAUCUCUGUACGUGGGUUUUUGAAAAUUGCUUUGAAGAUAUGAAGUUUGUUGCCAAAAGAAUUGACCACAACUGCAUAAAUCGUCUUAUGGAGAUUACAUCAGGUUCUCCUGAAAUGAUGACCUACAAUGAAGCUAUAGAUGUUCUUAGAAAGGUGGAAGAUAAGAAAUUUGAAACAAACCCUGAAUCGGGUGUUGUACUCACUUCAGAGCACCUAAGCUAUCUAGCUGAUACUAUCUACAAGAAGCCAGUUAUGAUAUACAAUUAUCCAAAAGAAGCUAAGCCAUUUUACAUUCGUCUGAAUGAUGAUGGAACUGUAGCUGCAUUUGACCUGGUUGUCCCAAAGGUUGGAACAAUAAUUUCUGGUAGCCAAAAUGAGGAACGUCUGCACAUGAUAAGCUCAAGAAUUAAUGAGUUGGGCUUGCCACAAGAGAAGUAUGAAUGGUACCUAGAUCUUCGUCGAAAUGGUACAGUUAAGCACUCCGGAUUCACUCUAAGGUUUGACCUUAUGGUCCUCUUCAUAACUGGCCUUACCAAUGUUAGGGAUGUUAUCCCUUUUCCAAGAAGCUAUGGCAAGGCCAACAACUAA